AUGGCUUUGUCAAUUAUCCAGUUAAACACCAACAGUAUUAGGAAUCCUGACAAGCGUGCCGGUCUCUUGCAGUGGUUGCGUUCCCUUUCUGUGGUCCCGGAUGUUGUGUGUCUCCAAGAGGCUCACCGUGUCAGUGAGGUCGAGUGUCAGUCCUGGUUUCGUUCUUCUGGUUCUCAAAAGUCGUGUGUUUUUAUCAUUCCUUUUCGUCCUUGUCUGUCCCUUGUCAAUUUUUCGCCUGAUGAUGCCGGUCGUUUUGUGUUGUGUGAAUUCCGUUUCCAUGGCAAAUUGUUUCGUGUAGUCUCCUUGUAUGCCCCCAAUCGCAAUCCUGCAAGAGACCAAUUUCUGGAGCUGGUUCCCUCUUGGGUUGAUCCCGCAAUCCCCACAGUUGUGUGUGGAGAUUUUAAUACCAUUUUUGAUCGUUCGCUUGAUCGCGCGGGGUCUGUGGCUUCUGACACUUCUAGGGAGUUCUUCUACUCUCUCUUGGCUCUUUGAUGAAUGUUGUGUCGUUGACGCCUGGUGGUACCUGCAUCCUUCCUCCUCUGGUUACACCUGGAUGAGUCCGGACGGCUCUGUUUCCUCUCUUUAUUAAUCUCAUUGGUUGUCCAUAUGUGUGAGUCCCUUCCGUUUCGUUGUGUGAAAUUGUUCCAUGUCCGUUCUCUGACCAUUGUGCUGUUCUUUUGUGUGUCACUGUCCCUGUUGUUGUCCCCCCGGGUCCAGGGCUGUGGAAGUUGAAUAUCUCCAUUUUGGAGGAGGUUGAGUAUGUCCGCCAGGUUGAAGACUUCUGGUCCCGCUGGAGUGACCAGAAGGUUUGCUUUCCUUCCCUGGCUAAGUGGUGGGAGGCAGGCAAGUCUCGUAUCAAGGGUCUCUCUAUCAAUUAUUGCUGCUCGAAGUCAUCUGAUACUGCGGUGAAGAGGAACCUUCUCUCUAGGCUUGCCAUUCAUCUUGAGGAGCGUGUUGAUGGUGUCACCCUGUCUUUAGUUGGGCCGUACCAGUCGGUACUGCAACAGCUGGCUGAACUUGAUGUGGAGGUAGUGGGAGGUGCUCAAGUGCGUGCGAGGACACGCUGGAUUGAGGAGGGCGGGUCCUCCAGCUCUUUUUUUCGUCUGGAGAAAAAGCAUGGAGUGGAUCGCCAGAUAGCUGCGGUGUGGACUAUUGAUGGUUGCAUUGUCAAGUCCCCGGAGGACCUUUGUGGUUCAUUCUCUUCUUUUUAUUCAUCCCUCUUUCCUGCUGAGCCUCCUGAUGCUGACGCGCAGGAGUCCCUGCAUGAUAACAUCGAGUCAUCUUUGUAUACCAUUCAAUCGCAGUCU